AUGUUGACCCUCAUGGUCGCAGAGGAGAUCAAGAAAAGUAAAAUCACCCUGCUGCGCGAUGAAAUCAGCGAGUUGAGGAAACGCAUUCACGAACUCGAAGGCGGUAGCGAUCAGAAACCUCUUCAUCCGUCGAACCCGCAGCAAUCUCUAUCUCCUGCUGCUGUGCCCUUGUCGUCUUGGGCGAGUUCCCCUGCCCUCUCCGACGCACACUCUAUCAACAGUUUUGCCAACCAGUUCAACACGUUAACCCCAGACCAGAAACCUAUGUUCUUGGCCCCGGUUAUCCCGCAAAUGUCACUUAGCCCAACAUAUCAGCAGAUGUCUGGAAUUCCCGGGUUAAGCGAAUUCCAAUCGCCUAUACUUCAUGAAGGCGCAGGAUGGGGAGAAAUGGCCCCUUCACCCAAUGGAGCUCUCGUAUACAAUCAGUUGGAGCAACCCCUAACUAUCGAACAAACAUUACACAACCUUCAGAUCAUUAUGCCUUAUCGCCUACAAUGUGCAUUCGAGAUUGACAUCCCAAGUUUCCGUGAAUCGCUCGAAGAUCCUGACCCCAAUAAUCAACCUCACGAGGCAUUACUAAACGCGAUCGCCCUUAUGGCGUGCUACUACGACCAAACUAUGCGUGAUGGGAACCGAGCUCAGUUCUUUGUCGAACGUACCCGCAGAUCGCUUCAGCUCAGUUUGACCGGGGUCAAAUCACGCAAAGUUAUACAGCAAAUACAAGCAGGACACCUAUUAUCGUGUUACUUGUAUUGGACGGGCAGUCUCCUCGAGGGACAUGCAGCCCUUGCUGGCGCUGUCUCCCUCGCUCGACUCUGCAAUCUCCACAAAAUCACCUCCUCAGACUGGCGGAAUAGGAGUGACAAUCUGUUGGAAGAACCUAGUGCAUAUCGACCGCAGCUCAGACCCCUCCCCUCGAUAUUGGAUCACUCUCGAGCACGAACUGCUAUCGAACAUGGAGAAAGAAUUCAUUGCUUUUGGAACUUGCUCCUUGUUGAUACGGGUGGGUCAGUCUCGACUGGUUACCCCUGUCAGUUUACCGCGUCAGACUCGGACCCCGGAACGAAAAUAGAGACAGUCUAUCCCUUGUCAUUGCAUGAGUACAUGUCGGUAUCCGCUCGCGCGCAAGAGCCAACGAGUUCUUAUGGAGACAUAUUUAACCCCCGCUAUGUCUCGGCCCAAAACGACAGCCCUCUCGUAGCUCGGAUCAAAGGUGCUUUGCUUCUUCAUCGUGCAGCGCGCCUAGGUACCGUUGGAAAGGCCGCUCACCCCGGAUUAGACGAUGAAUUUUCCCAACAAUGGUUCAACUUGUCUCAGUGCCUGGAAUCCUUCAUUGGUACGCUCAGACCGAUUCCGAUAUCAGCCGAAGCACGCCCAAAGGGGACUGAAAUCACUGAAGAACGACGGAACUUUUUGUACAUGUUUAUCGCCUGGUCCCUGGCCUUGUGUGCACGGGUGGUUAUGUAUAAUAUCACGCCCGUAGCGUGGCGGGAUACGCAGAGGCAGACUCAGGCUUGGAGUGCUGCAGAUCAUAUUGUGCAAUUGAUCCAGACCUCGAAGCCGUCCGAGGACGAAAUGCGGAUGCUGGAUGCUAUGGUUGGAUUUUCUUGGAUGACGGCAGCCAACUUCCUCAUCAGCAUGCGCGAUACCUAUACGCAGAAAUUAGGGGGGCCCGACAACUUUGAUGUAGGUUAUGUGGAGAGGUUGUUGGACAUAUUGGAUCAUGCUACGGUUCAAUUGGCUACAGUAUGUCGCCCAGUAGUCCGACAGGCGCAAGGAACCAGAGAGUUUCGGGCACGCAACGCAGGGCCAUACCAAGCUGCUCCAGCACAGGCACCGCACACUUGGGCGUCGUAG